UCACCAGCUAACUAUGCUGUUUUAUUUUUUAAAUAUGCGUAAUAUGGAGAGAGAAGCCCCGUGAGCGGUCUGAUCUAACCACCGAAGGGAGCACUUUUGGACGAAUCAGAAGAAAACUAAGCGGUGCCUCUCGAAACAUAUUGCUUGGUUUUUAAGAGGAGGGCCCUGGGCUUCUACUUCGUGGGUUGUUUGCGUCGAAGGCAGCUCCACGGGCGAUUAUUUUGCAGAUUUGUGCGAGGAGAAAACACAAGAGAAAGCGCCUCGGUGAGCUCUGCAAGCGACGUGCUGGCCGAGUUGAGUCUACACGGUUCUCAUCGCGCGUUUAAGGACAACCCACCAUGACGCGUCUGCUUCACACACAGCGGAGUUUUCCGACUUAGAGACUGUUUGUAGAGAAGCGUUCGAGCGAGAAAAUGUCUGAAGCAGCACCUGCUCCCGCCGCGGCCGCUCCGGCCAAGGCCCCCAAGAAGAAAGCCGCCGCCAAACCCAAGAAAGCGGGUCCCAGCGUCGGAGAGCUGAUCGUGAAGGCCGUGUCCGCUUCCAAGGAGAAGAACGGACUCUCUCUGGCUGCCUUGAAGAAAGCUCUGGCGGCGGGCGGCUACGAUGUGGAGAAGAACAACUCCCGCGUUAAGUUGGCACUGAAAGGCUUGGUGACCAAAGGCACCCUGCUUCAGACCAAGGGCACCGGCGCCUCUGGCUCCUUCAAGCUGAACAAGAAGCAGGUGGAGGUUACCAAGAAGAAGCCCGUCAAGAAAGCGCCUGUUAAAGCCAAGAAGCCGGCGGCCAAGAAACCUGCUGCGGCUAAGAAGCCCAAGAAGCCAGCGGCCAAGAAACCCGCGGUCGCCAAGAAGUCACCCAAGAAGGCGAAGAAGCCAGCUGCGCCCAAGAAGGCGACUAAGAGCCCCAAGAAGCCUAAAAAGCCAGCGGCGACAGCAGCUAAGAAGGCAACCAAGAGCCCGAAGAAAGCAAAGGCGACUAAGCCCAAAGUUGCCAAGCCUAAGCCCACCAAGGCCAAGAGAGCCGCUCCCAAGAAGAAGUGAGCGUGCAAAGUGAAUUUCUCUCGACCACAAAGGCUCUUUUAAGAGCCACCCCACCAACAUCAUAAAGAUUGCAAAAUUCCUCCACUUUAUCUAUAGUGAAACAACGGGUGUGUGCGUUCUAAUGUGUACUUGAUUCGUCUUUUUUUUUAAUGUGUGUGUGGAUAGCCAAGUCCAUACUUGAUUAUCAGGGGAAAAUUGUAGCCCGUGUGCGGACACAUGUUGCACUGACUUGGGUGGUGUGUGGCGCCGUGGCUGUGAUGGGCAGGAUCCCGAUUCGGGUCCCGUG